CGUUGGGGCGUCUGUCUUGUGCUCCAAGCCACAACAAAACCGUACCUAAUUGUAUGUAUAAAUUCAAGCCUUCCUCUUCCUCGGAUUGCCAAAAUUAUUAUAGACACAAAAUUAUUUGUUAAUUUCUGCGAAAACAAUUAGGAAAAUACAAAGAUGGGAGGAACAGAAGCUUUCCCAGAUUUAGGACAACAUUGCCAACACUCUGAUUGCCAUCAGCUUGAUUUUCUUCCCUUCAGCUGCAAUCGUUGCCAAAAGGUAUUCUGUGCAGAACACAGAACAUACAGGUCACAUGAUUGCCCGAAAUCGGAUGACAAAAGCAGGAAGGUGAUUGUCUGUGAAAUAUGCUCAAAAUCAAUGGAAAUCACCGGCUUAUCUUGCGAACAGGAGACCGCAAUGAAAGAGAAACAUGCUAACUCGAAAGAGUGUGACCCAUCAAAGAAGAAGAAGCCGCGAUGCCCAGUAAAACGUUGCAGGGAGAACUUGACCUUUUCCAAUGCCACAGUUUGCAGAUGCUGCAAUACUAAGGUCUGCCUCAAACACAGGCUCCCUGCAGAUCAUGAAUGCAUUAGAGGGAAUUCGUCGAUUGUUACACUGUCUGGUAAUGGUGGUUUAGGAAACAAAUUCUUGGCUGCAUUGGUUGCUAGGAACGGUAAAGAUUGUGCCAAGAAUAAUCGUGGACAGGUUUCUCCAACAAGCAGUUCACAAUCAGUUAAAGCUUGUUGAUAUAAAGGGUUUGCUUGUAACUUUGGAACAUUUAUCAAAUUUGUUUAUCAAUUUUUCGAGAAAGAAUUGCCUAA